AAUGACGCAUUGUUCAGAAGCAACACUGUGGCCAAGGGAACAGCGAGGCCGGUCCGAAUCCUGGGAUCAGUCUGAGGGUCCUCACGAUAUGCCCAGGGGGAAAAUAGCAACAGAGGUUUUCAAGUUGGCAAACUCUUCAAGGCCGCGCAGCAGAAAGAAAGCAGUGGUCACCAUGUUGGAGCUGCCGGUAUGUUUGCCAUCUUCGAUGAUGGCUGUUGCCUUGGCCCUGGUUGUCCUGGGUCCCUGCCCUGGGUUGACAGCUCCACUACAUGAUUCAGAUGAUGCUUUGGAUCCUGAAAACUAUGACCUGAACAGUGUGACAGACUUGGAGAGCCUGGAACCCAACAUUUAUGGAGAUAAUUAUGAUUAUGAUGACUUGGACCAAGAGAUUGAAGUGAGCACUGUAGCAGCCAACAUUGGCCAACCAGACAGCCAAACCACAGAGGAACACCAGGAGGAAAAACAGACUGUUCCUAUGAAAGGACCUUUAACCCUGGAUUUCAAAGGAUCUGGUUUAUUUGGACCUCAGACUGGAUUGGGUAUGCCUACCUGCCUUCUGUGUGUGUGCAUUGGAGGGAGUGUGUACUGUGAUGACACCGGCCUAGAACAGAUUCCCCCGCUGCCCAAGGACACUACUCAUUUUUAUGGACGCUUCAACAUGAUCCGACACAUCAAGAACACUGACUUUAUAAAACUCAGUAAGCUUCAGUCUAUUGAUCUCACUGGAAACCAGAUUUCAGAAAUGGAUGAGGAUGUGUUUCGCUCACUACAGCAACUCCAGGAUUUGCUGUUAGCUGACAACAACCUGCAGGUUUUGCCAGAACUGCCAGUCACCAUGAGGCACAUUGAUCUACGAAACAACAGGCUGAUCAGCCAUGGGAUCCAUUCAGAGAUAUUCAAGGAUAUGAGCCAGCUGGAAUUCCUGUAUCUGUCCAAUAAUUACCUCGAUUACAUCCCGACACCACUGCCAUUGAGUCUCAGAGUGUUACACCUGCAGGGCAACAACAUCCAGUACCUGCAUGAAGACACUUUCUGUGACCGCCAUGACAGAAACUUCAUCCGUCGCAACCUGGAGGACAUCCGCCUGGACGACAAUCCCUUGAACAUCCAUCAGUUUCCACAGGCCUACGUCUGCCUGCCACGCCUGCCUGUAGGGAGUCCACGAUGGUAACCACAACAUCAAAAUUGGUAGUAGUGUUAUGGUAUUAUGGUAUUAUGGUGUAUAUUUCUUCGGAAUUUCUUUCAUCUUUUUUUCCUUCAUAAAUAUAUUUGACAUUGAAUCAACUUUUGUGCAGAAAAUGUAUGUCUGAUGCUGCUGACAAUGUGCUUCUAUGAAUGAAAUCUCAAAACAUUAGCAAAGAGGCGUUAAGAAGAAGACUAGGGUUUGUUAUCUCUGGGUUUGUAGUCAUUAACAACAAUAUUGGGACUAUUGUUAGAGUGCAAAUAUUCCUCAAUAGUUCUUCAUUAGUUCCGUAGUCACUAGUCUGAAUUUAUGUGCCUUAGUAAUUAGUAACUAAUAAGUGCUGGUAGCUU